UCGCCUGUCAAGAAUGCCUUAGAAGAGUUGUGAAAACAGCCAGCCAAAGGAGGGGAGUCAUGCAGUUGUGGAUGAAGCUCUCCCGCCGAGCCACAAGCCAGUCAGAUCAGUGAGUGAGAGGAGAGGACAGCACGGCAGAGGGGAAAGUGUUAGGACCAGAGGCUCCGAAGGACGUCACAAUCGCUCCCAGAGAGAGAGGGAAGCUCGCUGUCACAGGAAGGCGUCUAUCCUCACACUGUGGAGCCUGCACAGAGACCAUGAUGAGCAUUUAGGCAGCUGAAGGGGAUUUUUCUCAGAUUUACAGCCCUGAUUAUCUCUAUCUGAGAUUCAAACUGCUCCACAAGGAAAAUACUUGCUAAAGACUUAAAUCAAGACUGCAUCAUUAUGGAUCAACCAGCCAGCAGCUGCAUGCGGAGCGCCCACCCCAGCAGCCCAAUCUGGGGCUGCAUGAGAAACCCUCACUCAGGCGUCCCAGGAGCCAACCUGCAGUCGCCCUACCAGCAGGCCUCUUUCUCCCUGCACCAGAAGCCCGAGUUCCUGGCCUACACAGACUUCACCAGCUCCUGCCUGGUGCCGCCUGCCCCCCACGCCGCCUACCCCCGAGAUGACAGACUGUACCAAGAGGGCCAGGGCUACCAGAGAGCCGACUGGCAGUUCAACCCAUGUGAGACGCGGGUGAGAGCGCCAGAGGCCUGCCCGCCUGUCGUGGUGCCCGUGGUAGUAGGUUCAAACGGAAGUGGAGGCCCAGACCUGGACAGUGUAGGGGGAGACAGGCUGCCAAGAGCGGCGUCCGGGUGCCUGGAGGGAGAGUACUCGCCACAGAGCGUGGCGUCGGCCGACUCGGACAAGAAGAGCUCCAGUAAGAGGAAGAGAGAUGUCACAGAUAUCCAGGAGUCCAGUUUUAAAGUGGAUUCCAGCUGCAAGGCGAGGAAAGAGCGCACAGCGUUCACCAAAGAGCAGCUGAGAGAGCUGGAAGCAGAGUUCACCCACCACAACUACCUGACCAGACUCCGCCGCUACGAGAUCGCCGUCAACCUGGACCUCACAGAGAGACAGGUGAAGGUGUGGUUUCAGAACAGGAGGAUGAAGUGGAAGAGAGUGAAGGGAGGACAGUCGUCUUCCCCUAACGACCUGGAGAACGACGACAUAGACUCGGCUGCCUCGCCCAGCUCUGAAUGAACAAAGUCUGUCUGCAUUACUAAAAGGAGAUGUGAACACAAAAGGACAACUUCUGAACCCUCACUUUUUAUUUGGAAAGCUGCAGGAAUCAAACAUAACUUCCAAGGGAGACUCACUGAACAUCUCCUUUGCUGUUGUAAAUAGUCGAUUUAUGUCCAGAAUGAACUGCAUUUUGAUACCCUAUUGAUAACUAAUCGCCACUCUUUAUUGUUUUUGUUUAAAUAUAAGAGAUGAGACGUGUGGUCAUUGUAGAUCAGUGACAGAGUCCAGGCAGCAGCUUAAAGGCCAGAGAUGACUUAUCAAACCAUGAUGUUAUGGUGUUUGAGUUCAUCCCCUUUGGUUCCAGUAAUAAAAUCUUGGCCUUUGACGCUUGACUUCAACCACCUGGGAAAACUCAAGACUGCACAAGUUUUGCCAAGCCAUAAGUGCCUCCCAAUCUUUUUUUUUUAUUUUGUCAAUUUCUUUUUUUCCUAGAAUAUAGUGUUUUUUCCUGUCAUGCAUUUUUCUAUUCUUUUAUACGUUUUGAAUGUUAUAGAUCAAACACAGAUGUUGCCUGUUUCUGCAAAACAAAUAAAUGAUCUACAAA